GUGACUGAGUCAUUUCUCCAUGGAAGAUCGCAGUGGAUUGAUGAACCAGUCAUCACCAAGUGGAGAGAGCCCAGCAAAGAGCUUCGGGCGGUGCUCGCCCAAACUGAUCAGCUUUACCAUCAAUGGAACCUCUCAAAGCCAUCCCCUUUUGAUCCGUUCUUUGACAAGCUGUGGAUGGAGACCGCCAACACUCUCCGAAGCGCUGGGCUUCCGUGGCACAACAAUAACCUAAAUAUGCCAGAUGAGACCGAUUCAAGCUGGCCAUUCCACUUCAAGACAUUUGAGAGAGUUGCGGUCCUCGCCAAAGGCAAAAGAGUCCAUGACCCAGAUGCCUCUGGUUAUAUCACCAACUGGAGUGAAGGCAACUACUAUGGCAUCAGGGCUCUCAAGCAGGAGCUUUACUCUCAGUUCCCCAAGCAAGAGCCUAUCCUCUUGAUCGAUCAUCUUGAAAGAGAUCUUGCAAAGGCAGCAUCCCACAUCUUUGGUCUUGAAUGGCACCAAGUUUCUCUCAACGAUUCAAAUGCAUUGAUGGACAAUGUCCGCCGACUCACCGUCAACGGGAAGCGACCUAUUAUAUUUGCCGCCACCUUGGCCAAUACGAGCGGAGAAGUGGAUGAUGUGUCCGUCAUUGACAAGAUCUCUCGCAACUUCCCACUCAUGCUCCACCUGGAUGCUUCCCGCGUCUUUGAUUUCUUGACAACAGUAGGGGAGGACUUUCGUCGACUUCUCAAAAUACCUCGUCUUCGUCUCCAUCAUGCCAAACAUGGUGAGCGCGGUUGUCUCGUCAACGGAGAAAUUCUGGCGAGCACUAUUGUUGCGGGGGGUUCCAAUGCAUAUGUCUAUCCUCCUCCUGUUGUUACACUCAAGCCCAAACUUCUCGGUAACCAAACCCCAACUCGAGUCGAAUAUGUUAGGGGCACAGAUGGAACACUGUCUGGAUCGAGAGACUCGCUUGGACCUCUCAUGCUAUGCCUUCAAGAACUUCGGUUCGGGAACAAAGGGUUCCAAGAGAUCUAUGAAAGUUGCUUCAUCAGGAGAAUGAGGUUGAUAAAUGAACUCAAAUCCUUAAAUGUCCAGUUUCACGCCCCCCCAACUUCAUUGGACCUGAUCAUUCGAGUCGCCUCUGGUUGGGCCAGUGACUUGAUGGACCUUGGAGCUAAAGCAGUCGGGGACGAUAGGUACCUUCUCACCAUGCAGCCCAGCAUCAAUGGUGAAAAUAUCAGGUCUCUAUUACGCGUCCUUGGUGCUCAUGAUGAGUUACAUUUGGCCAAAGCUGCAGUGCAGAUAGAGCUGCAAUCACCUACAUCACGCUACCGCCUACCGGAUGGAGUGAUAGAGAAAGUAUGGCAGACAGUCCAGAGCUUCAAGAUUGCGGCUCGGUAUUCGUGUGGCUAUCCCCUGAAUCAAGCUCCCUACUCGGCCCUAGGCCCUGUAAUCGGCCACUUUCUCGGGGUUCGAAUCCCAGAAGAAUGGGCCAGAUGUGAAGCUUCCAAUAUCCUGCAGCGGCGAAAGAAAGCCUUGGGCCUCUUGACUGAGGAGUCUCGAGCGUCCUUUAGCGCCUGCUUCACAACGGGUAGCACUAUGGGCAACCGGAUCGGACUUCACACCGGUCUAAUUCAGUAUCCCGACGCAUUUGUGUAUUUCUCUUCGGCUUCACACUAUAGCGUCAAGAAGACUGUGAAGGACUGUGAUACCUGGACCCGUCGCUGGAUGCCAGGAAGAGUCCCUCGCUUUGCCGAGAUACCAGCCGAUGAAUAUGGCCGUAUGAUUCCGAGUGCACUCGCGCAGCAAGUCUUGUCCGACAGAGCCGAAUGUGAGUCUCAUGAGGAAGAGUAUCAGAUCAUCCUCUUCGCCAAUAGGGGCACCACCUUUGUUGGAGGUCAAGAUGAUAUUCUUGAACUUACAAAAACACUGGCCCAGAUUGAGGUGGUUCCAUCUUACAUCCACGUUGAUGGUGCAUUGGAUCUAGGAUUCGUCGCCGAUGGGCUCCAUCUGGGGCCACCAGGUACUCAACGGGCAAGUUCAAGGAUUCCCGUAGUACAGGGUAUCACACUCAGCCAUCACAAGGUCUUUGGAAUCAUGGUUUCCGGGGAAGUGAUCAGCUACUGCCCCAACCACUCCAAGCAAUUUGACGCCCUGGCUGGGACCGUCGACCCCCGCGCUGUUUUUGAAACAUGGCUUUUUGAACAGACCUACCACACGGCUGACUUGGUCACCAUCUGGAAAUACUGCUUGGGCAACGCGAGACUACUGCGCGAGCUCCUUGCAGAACACAAAGUUCCAACGCACUUCAAUCAAGAGAGCAUUAUUACACUCUUGGAAUAUCCGCCACGUUGGCUGGUUCAAGAGUUUCACCUGGCACCUGAAGGAGACUGGGUUCAUUUUAUCACCAUGCCUCAUAUUUCCCCUACAACCAUCAAACGGUUCGUGCGAGCGAUUGUGUCGAUUGAUACAAAUUGUGGUACUGCCUUCGAUUAUGUC